CGGGAGGAGGAGGUGGAAGAGAAAGAUCGGAGGAGGAGGAGGAGGUCAGUGAUGGGGAGGGGAGGAAGUCAGCGAUGGGGAGGGAAUGAGGUCAGAGAUGGGGAGGGGAGGAAGAGGGAGAUCAAGAGGAGGAGGUGGAAGAGAAAGAUCGGAUCAUUGGAGGAGGAGGAGGAGGUCGGUGAUGGGGAGGGGAGGAAGUCGACGAUGGGGAGGGAAUGAGGUCAGCGAUGGGGAGGGGAGGAAGAGGGAGAUCGAGAGGAGGAGGAGGAAGAGGACGACGGGGAGGAGGAGGAAGUCAGCGAUCGGGAGGAAAGGAAGAGGAUCGGGAGAAGGAGGAGGAAAAGGACGACAAGGAGGAGGAGGGCGAAGAGGGCGAUGAGGAGGAGGAAGACAACGAAGAUGAUCGAGAGGAAGAGGAGGAAGUCAGCAUUGGGAAGGGGAAGAAGAAGCAGAUCAGGAGGAGGAGGAGGAAGAGGACGGAGGAAGUCAGCAUUGGGGAGGGGAGGAAGAGGCAGAUCGGGAGGAGGAGGAGGAAGAGGACGAUGGGGCGGAGGAGGACGAAGAGGGCGAUGGGGAGGAGGAAGGUGACAAAGACGAUAGGGAGGAGGAAGAGGAAGUCAGCGAUCGGGACGAAGCGCGGCACGACAAAUGGCGAUGGCGACGACCAGGGCAAUGGCGGCAGCUCCACGGCAGCUCCACGGCAGCUCCACGAUGACGACACUGUAGAUGGCGAUGGUGACGGCCAGGGCGAUGGCGACGACCAGGAUGACGAGGACGGACUGCAGCGAGGUGGAGGGGUGACGCGGCUUGGGAGGUAGACCUUCCCGGCACGAAUUUGAAAAUUGUGCCGGGACG